CAUUCCUCCCAUCUGGCGGACUGACUGGCACAUCGCACCCGACUCUCUGGCUUCCCUGAGCGGUCUGCCUCCACACAGACCCCCGGCAGGUAUGGAGGUGUGGGGGUGGUAAGGGGAGCACAGAUGGGAUCGUUAAUGAAUCAUUGGGCAUGCUGAAUCCUAGAGGGAUGGAGCCAGACCCGUCCUUGGAGACAUGCACUCAGAGCAGAGCAGAGACAGAGGGAGAGAGAACAGAGACCAGAGAGGGACCCACCAGGAGCCCCAGCCCCCUGUCCCCCAAUAGGUCUUCAGCUGCUCACAACCUUACUACUCCCCCUAAACUCACCCCUACUCCCCCUAAACUGAAUCCCCCCCGCCCUUCUAAACUCACCCUCACUCCCUCUGCUAGUACACUCACCCUCACUCCCUCUGCUAGUACACUCACCCUCACUCCCUCUGCUCGUACACUCACCCUCACUCCCUCUGCUCGUACACUCACCCUCACUCCCUCUGCUAGUACACUAACCCUCACCUCUACAUGCACACCCUCUUCCUCCUCUACAACUACCCCCAAUCCCCUUAAACUGAACCCCACCCCCUCACCUCCCCCUACUCUCACUCAUAAAACCCUCACUACCCUCACCCCUAUGGUACUCAACCCCACACCAACAUGUACACCUACUUCCCCCUCACUUACUCCCAACCCCGUCACCCCUACAAUACUCACCCCCAACCCUACUUCCCCCACACUUACACACUCUCUACCUACACCCACGCAUGCCCCCACUAAAGUCACUCACAAACCUGUUCCUUUCCCCCUCACUCCCCCCACCAUCCACUUUACAUCCCCUCUACUCACUACCUCCCGCUCCUCCCCCACUGUAUCAGCCAUCACUUCUCUGCCCCCCUCCUCUGUAAACCAUGGCAACAUGUCUUCUGCUCCCGGGACUUCCUCCUUGACCAAUGGUAACGCAAGGCCAGUCCCCACACCCACCUCUCCACCAAUCACGCCUUUCCAUACCCCGGCCAGCAGACAGAUACAUUUCCCUCGCCCCCUGGAUACACCCACUCUGGUGCAAGCCUAUCAGAGCACCUCGUCUGUCAGACAGAGGGUAUCCCAGCAGGCUUUGCUCCUAGGUCGGAGUUCUUGUUCCAGCCGAGACCAGAUGCUGCUCAGGACCCAGAUGCUCCAGAGUCUAACCCUGCACCCCUCUGCUCCUGGAACUCUUACAAUCCCCCCUUCUUUACGUCUCAAACCUCCCUCUUCCUCCUCCCACUCUCCUAUCUCUCGUCCCCGUACACCCCUUUUCCCCCCUCUCCGGCCACGCCCCCAGCCCAGUGCCAUGGUAACAGACAGACAGACCACACCCACCCGGCACCUCUCAGUCCCACCUCCAACUCUCUACUCUUCUGUGCGUUCUGUCCCUCUGAGACCCAGACUUCAUUCUCCAAAUGGCCACAGGGUGGCAUCCCCGAGACACAGCCCGGCCCUGCAACCAAUCGCUGCUGCCGCUGCCAGACAGGCCCUGCCCAGCAGACAGUGGACUGGACCAGCCAGCAGUUUGUUAUCUCAAACCCCACCCACACAGACCACCCCAGGCCAAUCACAGCUCAGCUCAGGCUCUAGUCCCCUGGGUUCUACUUCCUGUUUUGAUCGGUUGCCGCCGGCAUCAAGGCAGCUGCAAAUCAUUGCCCUCUCCGCUGGCUCCACCCACCGCCUCAGCAGCCAACUACAGCCUGCUGCCAACACACACACCCCAGCUUCUGUCCAAUCAAAGCACCUUGUUCUUGAAUCCCCACCACCUCAGCUCGAUGCCCAACCACAGAGGACUUCUGAACACGCCUCUCCCUCUCCCACCUCCUCCAUCCACAAAGCCAACUCACCCCUACCCUACCUCCAUUAUCAGGCCAGACACACUGAUCCAAAAGGAGAAGUGGGGAGACAGGGGGUAAGGGAGGAGAGAGAGAGGGUGGGAUUAGAGGAAGAAAUGAUGGGGGAAAUUGAAGAGGAGCAGAGGAAUAGAGAGACGGUGGGAGGAGACAGACAGGUGACAGGAGAGGAGAAAGGGAAUGUGGAUAAGAGAGGAGAGAGGGUGGGAGGACAGGAGAAAGUGGGGACUGGAGGAGAGGAAACAUGCAUGGAGAGAGUUAAGGGAUUUGAGACACUGAGAGAGAUGACAGAAGUAGAGGAGGGGCAGGAAAGGAUGAAGAUAGAGGGAGAGGAGCAGAGAGAGAGGAUGGAAGUAGAGGAGGAAAAGCAGAAACAGAGGAUGGAAGUAGAGGAGCAGGAGCGGGGACAGAAAGAUGCAAUGAAAGGAGAGGAGGGGACUACAAUAGACCCACAGCUCAAUGCAGACCCGGCUACUCAGAACCCUCCCUCAGAACCCCCCAUAAACAUCCAGAGACCAUCAGACCAUCCCAUAGAGCAAUCCCCAGACCUCCCCCACGUGGACCAAGAGGACCUCUGUGAGAACAUGUUCAAUCAGUCUGACAACCAAUCAGUCUUGUCCAGUCUUUCCUCUCAGUCUCCCCCUGCCUCACCCUUCCUCACCCUUUCAUCUGAUCUCCCCCCUCCUCUCCUGCCUGUUAGCCCUUCCCACCCAGAGAGCCUCAGCCUAUCACAGAGCCGCCCUGAGACCUUCAGCCUAUUGGAGGCCAAGCCUUGGUCACAGAGGGUCUGGCCAGAGGGCGGGAGGCGUGUUUUAACUCACCUGGUGGAGGGCUUCAUCAUACAGGAGGGGCUGCAGGCAUUCCCGGUGAACCGCUCGUCUCUGCUGUUGGGAGGGCAGGAGGCUAUCUCCCAGAAUGGGAACAUAGAGGGGACCGAGUUAUUACCGUUGACAGACACACCAGAGCCACCGGAACAUUCCAGCGAAUCAGAACAAGAGCGCGUGGCUACAAGUGACCCGCUCACAGGUCCCAGAGAGAGACAUAGGGGAGUGUUACAUUGCGAGUCUUGUGGGAAGAGAGGCCACGCCCACUCCUUCCACCGCUCCAAGCGAUACUGCUCCACUUCCUGUGCCCGCAGGUAUAAUGUAGGGCUGUCCAAGCGUCUGCGUGCCCUGAGUGCUGGCAGCCAGCCAGAGGGGCGACGCUCUGAGAUAAACAAGGUGGAGUCUGUGCCUGGGAAGCCUCUCUUACUGCGACUGCCCCGUGAAAUAUGGAGCGCCCAUCGCCGUGACAACGAAGAGGAGGAGGGGCAUGCUGUUCCCAUGACAGCCAGGCUGGAGCGCCGAGCGGCACGGAGGGCGAGGAGGGCCUCAGAGCCAGCAAUGACCCCUGGUAACUCCACUGUGACCUCUAGUGACUCCCAACCUGCACAGUGGAGCGUCGAGCAAGUCUGGGACUUUAUACACACACUGCCAGGUUGUGUCGAGGUUGCGGAGGCGUUCCGUGUUCAGGAGAUAGACGGCCAGGCUCUGCUACUGCUCACUGAGGACCACCUGAUGACCAGCAUGAACAUCAAAUUGGGACCAGCUCUCAAGAUCUGUGCCCACAUCAACACACUCAGACACAGAUAGAGAGGGAGGAGGAGAGAUGAGAGAAGGAGGUGAGGUGGGAGGAAGAGAAGAUGGAGACAGAAAAAAGGUUAAGAAGGCUGGGUGUGGAAGAAGAUAAGGAAAAGAGUGAUUGAUUGAUGGGGAUGAGAGAGGGGAUGAGAGAGAGAGGUGAGGAACAAAGGACAGCGAAGAUGAGAGAUAAAGAGAUUAAUUCAAGAGAUGAAGAGCUAAGAGUGAAUCAGUGAGAGAGGAGAGGAACCUUUUCUAUUCUAUUGUGUCUGUGUACAUAUUUUACAAUGCCGUCUAUUGGGUGUAACAAACGAUUUCAUUAAGGAUUUGUAACAUACAUUAUCAUGUAUUUGUGUAUUUGGUUAUUAUUUUAAAAUGUGGCAUCACAUGUAAAUUGUAAAAUACUUUUUGAUUUUACACAGUUGAUACACAGACAUUUUCAAUUAACUUUGGGAAUUUAAUGUCUUAACUAAAUCAAUCAUUAUGUUUUUAUAUAUGAUCUCUUCUGAGAAAAAGUUAGAUCUUAUUUGACUCCUAACCAUGUCAAUUUUGUCAGAUGUCAUAAUGUUUUAUUUUAUUCUGCCUCUUAAAACUCAGUAAUAAAUCAAAUUAAUUUA